GCUGCUGUCACCUGCGGCUGGGCGGGGAACUUGCGGACUUUAUCCGGAUUGCGGGGCGCAACCUGCUGCACUUCCGGGAUCCGGGGACUAAGGGACAGGCCGGGGACACAAUGGCGGAGCCCACCAGACCUCAGAGAAAGAUGUCCCGGACAGGAACCUCUCUGUACCAGGUUCUGGGACUGGAGAAAGGGGCCUCGCAGGAUGACAUAAAGAAAGCCUAUCGGAAGUUGGCCCUUCGGUAUCACCCGGACAAAAACCCGGACAACCCGGAGGCCGCUGAGAAGUUCAAGGAGAUAAACAAUGCAAACACGACCCUGAGCGAUGAGAACAAGCGCAAGAUCUACGACGAGUACGGCUCUAUGGGCCUGUACGUCGCCGAGCAGUUCGGGGAGGAGAGCGUCAAAUAUUACUUCCUCAUGUCCAAGUGCUGGUUCAAGGGCCUGGUGAUCUGCUGCAGUCUGGUAACCUGCUGCUGCUGCUGUUGUUGCUGCGGGUUUUGCUGCGGCCGCUGUAAACCUCCGGAGGAGGAUGAAUCUUAUAAGUGUGUGAAUCCUGAAGACCUGGAAGCUCAGAUAAGAGCAGAAGAUAGUGACGUAAUCAAUAUGCAGCCAUCGCCAGGACCCCCCAUUCACCCUGAGCCGCAGCGGCAGAAUUCCUAACGCAAAUCCCGGUCCCGUGUGAUGAUCUGUAUGGAAGCUGUUUUGGACAGGAUUCCUUUCCCGUCACUUCUGAAGACUUCCUGCUCUUUGGGAGAAGGCGAGAGGAGGUCCUAAGCAGCCAGAAGCACCUUCCACAAUAUUACCAGUCAUAUUUCCACGUCAUGGAGAGCCACUACAACCCUGUCACUCGCUACCCGUCAUCAUCUUCCAUUGGACAAGGAGUAUCAGGCGGUGGCUUGUCACGGCCACCGACGAGCGGCAGAGACGCAGCGUAGAACUGAGUUUAUUCUGUACAUCUCUACCAAAGAGUAGCCAGUGUCCUCCUUCAUUCCUGACCAACUGUGGAAGCGCCUCCUCGCCUUUCCGCAUCGGAUGUUGUGUAGGCCUCAUCGCAGCAAAGGUUCUCCAGCUUUGUGUCUGAAUCCGUCCCACGGAGAGUCCAUCGCAGACCCGGCGCUCCACCUGUUCUCUUCUACCUUAUGCAUAAGCGGUAACAUGGAGAUCUAGGCUGCGGUCUCCUACUCAGACAAUCUCCCCCUUUUCCUGAAUCAUGUCUCUGUUCUUUCCCCGUCAGCUGCAGGCACGGGGUCAGUGUAUAAAUGUCAUUGUUUUAGACGUCAGUAAUUAUGUUGCAGCGGAACCUCGCUGUCCCUCUCACGCCCCUCACCCUCCUCCCUCACCGGUGUAUGGGCUCCAGCAGCCACACGGGCACAAAGAACCUGUAGUGUAAACGGUUAACGGACAAUAUUGCUUAUUUUCUAGAUGAAAUGAGAACUCUAGCCCCCGGCAGGCGCGGGACAGCGAAUCCUUUGUGUAUAUACUAAAAUGGCGUCUGCGCUAUUUGUCAGCGGCCUGUAUCGGCGAAGGCUCCUCUGAGUCAUUUUAAUCAUUUCCAGUAUUGGACAAACCUUGGUUUUUAUCUUUAUGAACCUUCCAGCUCGUCUUCUGCUACAGUAUGUCCCACACGGCCUCUCGGAUGACGCUACAGACCACGUGCGUGCGGAUCAGCGGCUCUGAUGCCUGUGGCUGUGGAUUCCAGGGCAUUGCUGGUGAGCCGAGCGUCCAGCCCCUGGCGCGCACACCACACAACAGCCAUAUUGCCAGUUUGGGGACUGAGCUACGUGUUCUGGAACCUGAGAUCAGAACUGUAUUAUUGUGUUGGUUUUUGCCAAAUUUCUCCGCUUUCACCAGCAACAUAUUGGUGAGAUCAGUAAGCGGUCAUGCACCAUAUAAUGGCCCCGCACCGAUGUGUAUCCUGUACAACACUGUGUUACCACCGUAUAAACAGCAGGGGGAGUGUCCUGGAGGGGUAAUAAAAUGCAGCGCUCACUCAAACAA